AAGUGAAAAGCGACUGGUGACGACGACUGUGUGGUUAUACGAGCCUGUACGAUGAGGAUCCCGGUGGAGAACUACCAGCAACAGGCCGUAUACGGCACAGAAUAUGGCCCACCGACAUCCACUUCCUCCUCUUUGGCGGGGAACAUCCUUUCUUCCACUCCAGAACCACCCCCAGCUGACCAGGACUCAGACAUCCUCCUCACCCAGCCAACAUCAUCAAAUGCAUCUAGAUAUUGCUCAGUGAGGGGAUGCAACAAACCGCUUUCAUACGACUCCAAUAACAAGAUGUGCGACGUUUGCCGCGGUCGCCAUCGCAUAUAUGCAACCACGAAGAGAGCAAAGCGCAAAAUGGAAAAAGCAGCUAUCGUGUCACAGAACCU